GUUUCAGUGGUGCAAGAUGGACAUGGACUUGAAUGUGGUGAAGGGUCACGUGCAAUCGUGUGCGAGCGCCGUGGACGCAUUGCUUGCCGAGGUCAAUGUGCUGCGGAAGAUUAUUUACAAGAACACGAGCCAGCACCGUCGUGCCAACUACUUCCAAUACCUUGUGCAUGUAAAACGGCUACACCGUGGCAUGAAAGCGGACAAGACCAAGCACAUGAUCAAGGCAACCCUUCAUCUCUUGGAUGUGUUGCAAGUCAAAGACACAAAUAUGCAUCAUGUGUCGUGGAAAGUGUUGGGCGGAGACUGCAAGACGAACGUGGAUACUGUGUUGCGCCAACUGCUGGCGCUCAUCGAUACGUGUGUGGAAGCUAUGGAAGCUGAGAAAAAGGCGUACACCGCACUGGGCAUGCAGUACGCCAUGACGUUCUUCAUGCCGUUCUGCGUCGUGGCCACAAGUCUCGUCGGACGACUGUACACGCUCCAUCAAACGCUUCUCGUUCGCUUUGUCGAAGCGCACCAUGCCAUCACACUGGCGUACCUGGCUCAAACGAUAUUGGCCAACCCUCUGUACGCCAGUACAGUCACCGCACAACUCGCCAGCUACCGACUGCCCCCACAAGUGGUCGCUGCCCUCGACAUGACCUCGUCGCUGGAAGCCACGACCGCUCCACUCAACCAAGAGAACUCAGCAACUUCGUUUUAACUUAUCAACACUAUUCACGC